CUUGUUCAGGCACGGGCUCUUGCUUUUCAGCAGCUCGUAACUGAUGACUAACCUGAUAUUCUGCUAAAGAAAAAAUAAAUAACAGGUUGGACAGGUGUAGUUUAUGUUGUGAAACAUGCAAAAUGUCGUUCAAUAGGUUGUCGUUCGAUGAUCAGCUGAUUGAUGUAAACAAAGGAGGAAUGCAGCUGCACGAAAAGGAUUCCCAGACCCGGUCAAUCAGUGUCUCGUAGAUGAGAACAUCCCUUACCGUUUGCUUUACAAUUUUAGUCGUCAAUUUGUAAUGAUGCUCAACAUUCCAAGACUAUUUGUUUUUGGUUUAAUAACUGUAGUAAGAAGAUCAUGUGCUUUUCUGGAGAAUACUGACAAAGAAGUUACAGAACCUCCCAAAAUUGCCAUCAUUGGAGGUGGUAUAGGAGGCACUUCAGCUUCUUAUUUUCUUAGUGAACUCUUUGGAGAUGAUGCCAUACUAGACCUUUAUGAAGCUGAUACGAUAGGGGGUAGACUUGCAACUAUUCCCAUAGGUGAACGUAAAUAUGAAGUUGGAGGGAGUAUUAUUCAUCCUAAGAAUGAAUACAUGGUGAAAUUUGCUUCUAAAUUUGGGCUUGCAAAGAGAGCUGAAUGUUCAAGUCGUAUGGGACUCUUCAAUGGUGAGGAGUAUGUAUUCAAAGACAGUGACUGGUCAUUUGUGACAAUUAUGAAGCUGUUGUGGAGGUAUGGGUUAGAUGCGUAUCGUCUUGAAGAGUUAACCGAAAGUAUGCUUGGAAGUUUUGGCAAGAUCUAUAGACUUCAAGAGGAAGGCCAUGCCUAUGAGGAUGUUGGGUCACUUCUGAGUGCGAUGGACCCUACAUUUCUCAAGAUGACGCAUUCACCAACUGCUUCCUGGUUAAAAGGACUUGGGUUUCAUGACCUCAUGAUUAACGAACUAGUGAUGGCCGUGACUCAGUGCAACUAUGGGCAAACUCCUGACAUCCAAGCAUUUGUAGGAGCAAUAUCUGUAGCUGGAGCAGAUUCAGAUCUGUGGGCUGUUGAUGGAGGAAAUCGAAGAGUACCAGAGGAAUUAUUGAAAGCUUCUCGGGCUGCCUUGUUGAAACGAUUAGUCACCGAGAUUUCUUUUAAAGAAGAUGGCAGGUUUACAGUUGCUUCUGUUGAUUCUGAGAUGCCAUUUAAGCAUCUUUUUGUGGAAGGCAAUUCAGCAGCUAUACCUGAAGUGGAAGAACAAAUUUCCCAACCUCAAGAUUAUGACAUUGUAAUUAUUGCUACGCCACUCACUGAAGAUAAGAGCAACAUCAAGUUUACAAACUUCACUGAGGAGCUAAAAUUCCCAGGACGGUAUGAAAGAAUUGUCUGCACAAUGGUGCAAGGUAAGUUGGUGCCAGAAACUUUGAAAUUUACUGAUGAUGAUCCCCUCGAUGAGAUUUUGGUCACCAAUCCGCGAUUGAUCUUUAAUUCCUUUGGAAAGCAGUUUCCAGUUGAUCUAGAGGAUUGCUCCGAAAAUUUACCUGAUGUUUGGAAGAUAUUUUCACCCAAUCCAUUGCCUGAAGAACAGUUAAACAUUUUCUUUAAAGAACGUAAUUCUACGCACGUUAUUGACUGGCUAGCAUACCCACAUUAUGAAUCAGAUCAAGAAAUGGCUAAAUUUGUUCUCACUCCUGGGAUGUAUCAUGUUAAUGCUAUUGAAUGGGCAGGAAGUGCGAUGGAGAUGGAAAUUAUUGGAGCCAAAAAUGUAGCCUUAUUAGCUUAUAAAUACUGGAAGAAAGACCCUAAUGCUGGGAGGAAGACUAUUAAAGAUGAAUUGUAAGGGCCUGAACAUACUAUUAGACUGAAGUGAAUGCUCUUGUCUUUUAAAAGUUCCACUAAUUGUUCUUGUUGCACUUAUCAAAACUCCAGUCACUUGCGGUGGAGCUUUUUAUCAACUGUUGUUCAAUGUAGGGGUUAAACUAAUUUUUUUACUUAUGAAAAUUUAUGUGGUAUUUAGCGAACAUAAGUUCAAAAUUCCAGAAGUCAUCUGUGAUAUUUUAACUGGAAAUCGUCCAAUCUGCACUUCUUAAUAGUUGCACACAGUUGCUGAUAUUUCAGUUUAUUAAGUCUGGACUUGACCUGUGAUAUAUCUUGACAUCUUUAUGUAUAUACAGGUAAUUUAUAUUACGUUGAAUAUGGAGAAAAAUAUUUUUUUAAAUUCCGAUGUUAUGUUAAGCGUUAAAUUGUUUUAUUGGUGUGUUAAAUGCCAUAAGUUUUGUUUAUGUGUUAAGUGUGUUUAUUAGUAUGGUCUGUCUUUUUUUUAUUAUGAUCCUGUUUGAUUAUGAACAACGAAGUAUGACUAUGCAAAGUAAACAAAGAACUCUUACAGUUAAAAAUUUUAAAGUAAUUAAAAAAAUGUUUAUAAAUUACUCAUAGAUUUUUAAAGUUAUUGUUUGUGAGACUGUUGUAGUUUUUUUUUAAAAAGCUGUAGUGAUAUUAUUUGUAGUUGGGCUGUUUACAUAGUCUAGUAGUCAUAGAUUUGUAUAAUGGACUAUACGUAUAGCCAUGCUCAUAAGUGACGCUAUAUGACUGCAUAGGAUUUGUUCAGAAUUUACUAACUGACAACUAAUGCUACAUAUUUAUCUAUUUCAUAAAAUAAGGCCAUAGUAUGUUUCAUAAAAUAAAUUAUAAUAUAUACAAAAUUAUCAGAAAAUUUCAGUUACUGUAGUUACAUGUAGCCAAAUUUUGUAAAAACAGUAACUAAACAUUUUCAAAACUUUUCAUUCACUCAGUGUUGAUGGGUUCGAAAAAAAUGUCUUUAUUAAAUCUAUGUUCAAAUGUGAAAAUGAUAAAAAAAUUUAAAGUUAUCAUUACAUUACGUUAUGUAAUUGGUUGAAAUACCUCUAAAAAAGUACAGUACAUGAAUAUUACUGUAGUUAAAAUGCAUCCACCCUUGUCCACAAAUGGGCAUGUCCUAUGUUACGCAACCUAGGUUUUGUUCUUAAGCCUUAAUGUGUUAGUUUUCUUUAUUGGUUAAAAAUAAAUUACACUUAACAUUCACAGCUCUGUAAUAACAAUUAUUGACAGGAAAGCAUAUGAAGUUAUCUACUUCUUGUUACACAUCAGGUUACCUUAUGAAUCAAUUAUACAUCAAAAUCAAACAGAAGGACUUUUAAGAAAAUAACUUUCUUAUUCAGUUUAAAAACUGUGGUGUAUUAGCCUUAACAAUAUGUAUUACCAACAACAAAAUUAUAACUUGUCUGUCUUAUAUAAAUAAAUAUAUAAUUGAAUAGUCAUCAUAUUUUGCUCUAAAAGAACAGAUAAUCUCUUAAAAUGAACUCUAUAGUAAUCUAGAUUGCAUCUCAGAAGCCGAUCAUUACUGCUGUAUACAGACAGUUUGAACAUAGCCUAAAACUUGAUAAUUCAUAGGAAACUUGACAGUUCGGUUUUGAAAAUCUUGUUAUAAUUGUUGAGGCUAUUAGAGCUAUCAUCUUGCUGUAGAAAUAGUUAUGAUGACUGCUUCAAGUAGCAAGUUGUGCAUGCUGGGAUCGACAGCACUGCCAACUUUGUCAUACUGUGCUUUGAGCUAAGCAAUGCAAAAAAAGAGAUUUUGGAUGAUACAAACAAUCAUGUGGCAUCAAUUUUGAGCAUGGCUACACAAUAUUUUUUCUAUUAGGUUUGGGUUGAUCCAAAGUUUAAACUAUUUAUAGUUGUUUUUUCCUCUCAAUUUUUGUUGCACAGUAUACUGGCAACUUACAUGAAUAUUUCUUUAGUAGAUAUUGCAUUUCGUGGGUGUGUAUAGUAUUGUAUUUUUUCCAAAGGUUUACUAUAUUUGAUUAUGAUGUAUACCCUAAACUGGUGGUUCAUUUGUGUUUUUGUAGUGUAUGUAAAUUUAAUAAUUAUUUUUGUGUACUGCACAAACAUACAAGCCACAAAAGGUUAAAGUUUUAACCAUUGUUAAAGUUCUUUACAUUUUGAAAUGUUACAUUUAAUUAUGUGCAUUCAAUUAUCAUUUUUUGCUCACCUUAUUAGAUUUGACACAUUGUUAGGAACAUUCUUUAUCUAUAUAAUAUUUGUUCAUAUGUGGAGCAAACCUUUGUCUUAACAUAGGGAUAAAUUCUCUAGUCCCUGCUGGAAUCUGGUUGAAAAUGACACAAGGAAUUAGUGGCAAUGGUAGUCCGCCAAUGGGGGAGUAGGAGGAAGCAGCAUGACCUGCCUUACCCCCACUUUAUUUUGUUUUUGUGUGAUUUCUGUGUGAUACUGUGUGCUGUGUGUGUGUGCUUCAUACAUUUACUGAAAUGCAAACCCAUGAAGCUAAGCCUCCCAGGUUUUAGAGACGAUGCACUGGGGCUGGUAAUAACCCUUGUUCUUGUUACUUGUCUUCUUCAGAUAGAGACCCCCAUUCCACUUGUAGUAGGUGCAGAGCUAACAUUUACAGCAUAAGUAAUUCAUUUUUCAGUGUUGUCUUUGGCCACCUGAGCAAUGGAAGAGAUUUGAUAAUAGGAAGUACUAUAAGAGGAAGCCAAUGCUGCCUCCCUUGGUGGGAGACAUUCCAAUUUCUUAUUGUUCCACCUCUUCUUUACCAAAAUCUCCUCUUACUGCUGCUGCUUCCUCUCAUGAAGAUUAUUCUCCCUUUCAUUCUUUUGAUUUCAUUUUUCGAGGAUUCGAGGAGGGUUUCGGGAGAUCUUGUAAAUUGAUGUCGUUGCAGGGAGAAGGCAGGCCCCCUCUUCUACAGUCAUUUCAAGGGAAGAUACACAGAAGAUAUCUGAGUGUUGGGCAUCAUUAGGUCUAUCAGGGGUACCAACCCUUUCUGGCCUUCUGUCUCACUGCAUGUUGUCUCGCUUCUUGUUGACAUCCGCCAUGACAGCUUCCAGAUCUCGGUUUCAGUGACAUUAUCUCAACAUACAACAGCUCUCCCCAUGUCUGUUUCCAGAGCUGCAGUCUCCGUGAUGGCAUCUGAUCUAUCAACGACUCUCCCAGGACCUUACUUUGUGCUGUAUCCUUCCAUGCUGUGUCCGUAGACUUCCUUCUCUGAGCCAUCUAUGUCUGCUCACUCAACUCUCAUUGACAGAGUAGGUGUUUCUUAAGAAGUAUGGCUGUGUCAAGCUACCAAUAUCCAAGGAGAGACGUCACAGAUCUCCUGCCUCAUCUGUCUUCACCUUCUUCAUCUUCUGUUCCACCUAUUCAUGUCAGAUGUUAGAGGAAGAAAAAUUUCAUCAACCCUCCUAGCAAGAAGCGUCACAGGUAAUCUGUGGGCCUAGCGACAGAGAUGUCAGGUUAUCUUAGAAGAUCAUCCACAGCUGUGUAUCAAGGAGUAUGGGCAGUCUACUGUGAAAGAUUUCAUCAUCGGGGUUUCUCUCCUGUUGAAACUGUUCUAUUCAACAAGUAGUGGACUCAUGUUUCUACGUAGGGAUAAACUACUAUAAGUUUCAGCCAUCAAGGGUACAGAGCUACUCUAGGAUUGGUUCUACAUUUAAAGGAUGUGGACCUCUCUUCAUUGUCAAAAUUUUCUAUGCUUCUCAAGAGUUUUGAGCAGUCCUGUUCCCCAAGAUAUCUCAAACCUCAUAAUUGGGAUAUCUUACUAUGGUGCUUAGCAGUCUCACUUAUCCUCUGUAUGAACCCUUAUGGUGCUCAACAGAGGAAUUUAAUCCUCAAAACAUUUUUCUUACUGGCCUUGGCUUCAUCAAAGAGAGUCGGUGAAUUACAUGAACUCUGUUUUAACGUUAAACAUACAAGGGGUUGGGGAUCUGUAGCCCUUGAAGUUAUCACAGAAUUCUUAGCCAAGACUCAUAAUCUCACUAUUCAGAGGACAGACUUGGGGAUUUUGUUGUUGACAACCCAGAUGAAUUAUAUUUAUGCCUCGUCAGGGCACUGCAUAGCUAUCUAAAACGGACUUGGCACCUCAGACCUGAUUGCUGCCGAAGACUGAUUGUUAACACAGGCCAGAACAAGAAAGAAGUGUCCAAGAAUACUAUCUCCUUUUGGUUACGUGAAGUGAUCAGACUAGCUUAUAGUUCUGUUUCACAUUCAGAUGCUAAUACAGUGCAUGCAAGAGUGCAUGUUAGGAGUCUAGGCCCUACCAUUGCUUUCAAGAACUUGUUGGUUCACAUCCUUCUAUCUGCCGGACAUUGUAGCUCACCCAGUGCUCCUGGAGGGACAGUUUGUAUCUUACCUAAAAUGUUGGAUAUGAAAGUGAGAGAGAAUGAGAUUACUGGUCUCCUUCCUUUCACUUUCUUUUUCUCCUCUACCAGCAGGCAGUAGAGAAUAAUAUGGUGGAACUGGUUAGGCACAGGUGAGCGAGCUUCCAUUCUAUAUGGUAGAGGUUUGUUCCUACUCAAUACAAGGUGAGAGAGGAACUGGUAAUAAACAUGAUUGGUGGCUAACAAAAGUUUGUCAUCUCCAACAGAUUUUGCCAUCCUCAAGAGACAUUGUAGUUAAGUAUUUACAUUGUCUAUUAGCCCAGAUGUCUGGCAGUUCAGUAGACUUGUGCUCUACAGAUCAGAGGCAUAUGACUCCUUCCUAUGUCCAGGAAGUGAGCCCAGUGGGCCAAACCUCUAGUCAGUUCUAAGGCCGCCUUAUCCUCCCUCUGAGAGUAGUUAUUGACAUGUCUGAUUACUUCACAAUGACAAAUUAAAUUUUAUUUUUCAUAGCGAAAACCUUUGGUCUUAAUAUACGUAUAUGGCCCACCUCAAGCCGUCCCUCAUUCUUUCUUGGGUUGCAUGGAAAAUGGUAUUAAUGCAUGGUGGGGGUAAGGGAGGUUGCACUGCUUCCUCCUACUCCCCUAUUGGCUGACUGCCAUUGCCACCAAUUCCUUGUGUUAUUUUUAACCGGACUCCUCCGUUAUGACAAAAUUUAUUUGCUAUAAAAAAUGCUAAUCAAGUUCAUACAAAUUUUAACGAGACACUUACGUUAUGUUUAGACAAGGAUUGUUAAUUAUGAAAAAUACAUAUUAAUUUCAUACAAAUUCCUUGUACAAGUAAGUGUUUUUUGCUCACAGAUAUGCUGUUAUUGCCACUAAACAGUUUAUAGUUAGGUAUGAGAAAAAAAGACAAUGUUCUCAUAUACAAAUAUAUUUGAGAUAAGUAAACAA